AUGCCUAGUGUCGAUGGCGAAGCCAUUUCGUCUCUUCAUCACAACGGGAGUGAUGGUCACCACUGUCUAUCUGGUACAAAGGAGGGCACCCACACCACCGGAAAACGCGACGACUGUGGCGUAUGCACCACAUUUGGCAUGCCGAUCUGUUCCGCAGCCGCAUGUUCUUUCAUCGGCUCGGCCAAUUCGGGCACUAUUUCCCGUAUAUCUUCUACGUCUGGCGCUCGUACGCACGCAAACUGUGCCGACACUCCGGCCUCUCGACUUUGCACCAAACCACUAAAUGACCAGACACGAGGCUCGUCCACGGUCGCUUCAAGCGCAGUUUCUACAAGAGCCCCCGUUGCCACAACCGUGACGGCAACAGCCGCCUGCCAGACAACUUGCUUGCCGAAUGAAAGUCGCUGUGCGCCGACCAUGGAAGAGGCGUUGAUGAUCUACGAUGCCUUGCCAGCUUCCACGUUCCACCUUAGCCGAAAUCAGCUGACUCUACGAGAAAGACUGGGUGUCUAUCAUGCCAUAAUUGUUUUCAUUCUUCGCCUCUUUCUCAUUGCUUAA